AUGGCGGGGAAUGAUGCUGAUCUCGCGGGGAAAGUUCUCCAAGGAACUUGUGGUUGGUCGGAUUCGUCUAUUGUAAAAUGCGGAAGGUUUUAUCCAGCUUCAGUUAAGACAACAGCGGACCGUUUACUGCAUUAUUCCAGAUUCUUCCCUUGUGUGGAAUGCGACACGAGUAACUAUGCGAUUCCUAGUCCAAUAACAGUGGAGAAAUGGCUGAAGUGUGUACCGACGGGUUUUAGGUUCCACUUCAAAGCAUUUGGGUUAUUUACAAGAAAGUCAAUCUCUAUGUUGGCACUACCCCAUGUUGUCAGAGAUGAGCUCCCAGAGAAUGUCGUUAAAGGACAAGUGUCAAUCACCUGGGAGGAAUUAAGUGUUCUGCAAAAACAGAAACUCUGGGACAGAUUCAACUCUGCACUUCAACCUGCUCAUCAGAAAAACAAAUUGGGAGUUGUCAUUUUCCAGUUUCACUUAGGUUUCCAUCCUACCAAUGAAAAUAAGGAGCACGUCAUUGAGUGUAGAAAAUUUCUUGAAACAAAUUAUCCUAUGGCUGUAGAGUUUCGCUCAAGAAUUUGGUUUACAACUGAGAAUUUACAUACAACCUUGGACUGGUUGAAAAAGCACAAUAUUGGUUUGGUAGUUGCCGAUGAAUUGCAAAAUGAGCUCUAUGUUGAAAAGAACAAAUCAGCUGAGGGACAAGGCAAGGGGUCUGGUCGUGGAGGAGUGGUACCGAUUAUCAUGGCACUUGGUUCAUGUGACUUUGCUUAUGUCCGCGUGCAUCGCAGAGUUGGGAAACAUCGGGUAUUGAGUGAAGAGGAGAUAAAGAGUUGGGGAGAGCGCAUACGCUUGCCUGAAUUGCAGAAUUCAUUACAAGGACCAAUUUAUUUUAUGUGGGGAACAGAUCACGAAGAUCAGCCGAUUAUUAACUCAAAGAAUUUGACAAAGGAAAUAGGAAGUAUGGCUUACGAUUGGAAAAGCAAGAUCUCCAACACUGGCAUGUUACGAUUCUGUUCAAGAGUCCCUACAACAUCAGACGAACAGAAGAAGGAAAGUUCCGUUUCAAGAAAUUCGGCUCUAAAUCAGAAAGAUUUACUUGAUACGGUGGCCAUUGGAAAAGGCGACGAGGUUAGGGUGUCUGAAACCAUCUCAUUUGCUACAAUGGAGUCCAGAGAGUCUGAAAGCAAACGUCCCAUAUCACCCCUCGAGGAGUCGAAAUUGUGCUCGUCUGGUAUGGCCACCAAACGAACUUCAAGUCGAGCAGGUUUAAUUUCUCCCAAGAAAAAGUAUCCCGCAUCACCAAUCUCGAAAAAUCAAAAGAAAUGUACAACACCAAACAACCAGAGAAUAAUAUCUGAUUUCUUCAAGAAGUGACUUUAUUUUCCACAUCCACGAGACAGAUCGCAAAUGCCAGUUUUAGUUAGCCUGAAAAAAUUCCCUUAAGAUUCCACGGUUGAAACUUUGCCAUCUGUGUCUCCACAAAAAAAUGUAAUUUGAAUUUUUAGUAACCUUGACAAUUGUUUGGUUUGACUUCCUAAUGCAUGGAGCAGGAAAUGAUACCAGCAAAGAUAAUAUGUUAAUCAA